AUGGAGUUUGCUCCAUGGCCACGCCCCCUCCCCAUAACCACGCCCACUUUCCCUGUAGCCCCGCCCCUUCCGCUUCCGCCUUCUUCCCGCCUCUUCCUGAGGCGCUCGGUGGCCGCCAUGUUGUUUCGGGUGCUGUUAUCCCGGGCCUACCGCCUGCUGCCCGGCCGCCGCCCCCUCCCCAUCCCCGUCCCCCCUCCUGUCCCCUCAGCCGUUCCUCCAUCUUCCCUCUUUUCCCGGCUGCCAUUCGGCCGCUUCUUCUCCUUCAGACGCCCGGCUGGCCUAGCGGCAAUGGCGGUGCGGAGGGUCCGGGCCGGGCCUUGUAUGGCGUUGGCGUUGGGGCUGGCGCUGUUGGAGCCGCCGUUGGAGGAACAACGAAGAGCGAGGGCGGCGUGUGGCCGGAUCCAGACGGUGUUUGUUGGGAAGAACAAGGCGCAGAAAGAUCCGCUGAGCUCUUUGCGAUGGCGGGGCUUUAAGCUGGAGGAUUAUCUCAUCGGGCAGCCCCUUGGGAAGGGCUGCAAUGCUGCUGUCUAUGAAGCAACUAUUCCUUCAUCCCUCCAUCGCCAGGGGAGCACACAGAGCUCAGCUCUGCCUGUGUCUGAAAAGGAGCCGGCAGAUAAAAGCCAACAGCAAGCUGCCUUCCCCCUGGCUAUCAAAAUGAUGUGGAACAUCUCGGCUGACUCUUCAAGUGAAGGCAUCCUGCGCAAUAUGCACCGAGAGCUCGUUCCAGCCACACAGACUGCUUUAGCUGGGGAAUAUGGAGCCAUCUCCCAUCGCAGAGAACCUGUCCUUGGGAGGAAGAGAUUGAGACCUCAUCCAAAUAUAAUCCAGGUGAUCCGAGCUUUCACAUCCUCUGUCCCGUUGCUGCCUGGAGCCCUCACAGACUAUCCUGAUGUUCUUCCAGUGAGCCUGAAUCCCAGAGGGAUCGGUCGCAGCCACACACUCUUCUUAGUGAUGAAAAACUAUCCGUGCACCCUGUGCCAGUAUUUGAAGGACAACAGCCCAGAUACCCGACUGUCCACCAUGAUGAUUUUGCAGUUGUUGGAAGCCGUGGAUCAUCUCGUUCGACACGGGAUAGCACACAGAGACCUGAAGUCUGACAACAUCCUGGUUGAGUUUGAUUCUGCUGGCUGCCCCCGGCUGGUGAUCACAGACUUCGGUUGCUGUUUGGCAGAUGACAGCAUUGGUCUGAGGCUGCCCUUCACCAGCAUUGACAUGGAUCGUGGUGGCAAUAGCUCUCUUAUGCCACCUGAGGUGACCACAGCAUCAGCUGGUCCAGGCAUGGUGAUUGACUACAGCAAAGCUGAUGCCUGGGCUGUUGGAGCAAUUGCCUAUGAAAUCCUAGGCCUGCCCAAUCCUUUCUACAGCUGUGGAGACUCGUUCUUGGAAAGCAGAAGUUACCGUGAGGAGGAGCUGCCAAACCUGCCUGAUGCUGUGCCCUGUGAGGUGAAGCAAGUGAUAAAGAUGCUGCUUCAGAGGGAUCCAAGCAAGAGAUUGUCUGCUAGAGUUGCUGCUAACGUGCUCCACUUGAGCCUAUGGGGUGAAAGCAUUCUGGCAUCCGAAGCCCUGAAGCCGGACCAGAUGACUGCCUGGCUUCUCUGCCAGUCUGCAGCCACUUUGCUCAUGGACGGACUGGUGGACAAAAGCAGGGUAGAAACCAAAAUGAAGAUGUGCUUUUUGGCCAACCUGGACUUCGAAGACCUCUGGACAGCAGUUUUCUUAUUGCUGGCCUGGAGAAACCAGUCUGGGUGAAGAGUCCUACCUGGGUGUGGUGGAUAAAUGGCACUUUCUAAAAGCACAUAGGAAUCUGUCUUGUCUUGUCUGCCUGGAAUCCUGUACUAACUUAGGGAAAAUAUCUUCAGGCCCUCAUUAAGAGGUUGAGUUUAUCUGUAGCGAGUUUUAGUACACGCUGCUUUUCUCUUCCUGCUAGAGGACGUGCCCUUGUCCCAUCGUUACUCCUUCAGUCAGGGUUUGCAGGACGUGCAGGUGUCCUGGGGUAUGUGCAGGGGUGUGUUAUGUCAGGAGGUCACAGCUGGCUUCGAAGUCAUGAACUGGGUGAAGCCAAGUUCCUUUUGAGAAGAGCAUGUGUAGGGAAGGAGGUGCUGUCUGUGGUGAAGGAGGUGCUGUCUGGCUGCUCUUACACAGAAGUGUCAGAUACUGCAUGUAGAAUGUAGUUGAGGGGCAGUGCCAGCUUAGGGAGUGUCCUGUGAUGCUAACCUGCUUUAUGUACCUGGUUUUGUGCUUAACAAUCCUUUGGUUGGAGAGGAUAGGAGACACCACUGUUGGAAUGAUAAGAGCCAUGUUAAUGAAAACAUCGUUUUGAUUUCAUGUCUGUAAUUGCGUUAAGGGGAGUUGGGGGGGAAUGUUACUGCUGCUGGUUGCACAAUAAAUGGAUGAUGAAGUUCUGA